AUGUGUGGGGGUGUUUUCCCUCGGCUGCUGCUUCUGCUCCUGCCGGUGUUGGGGUGGUCCCACGGCUGCCUGCAGGACCCGGCCUCAGCCUACAGGUUCAGCGGGGCCGUGUGCCGCCUCACCUAUCCUGCUGCAGUCGUGUUGAAUGAAAAAACCACUAAAGUGAUUGAAGCAGCGUUCCAACACGCCAGAUACCCAAGUCUGAAGGGAGAGAAGUCUCUGGGCUUUGGAAGCAAACUCAUAUAUGGACUGGACAAUUUGGAAAUCUACAACCUGUCCAUUGGUCGAAGCGCUUUCGAGCUGCUCCCAAGUGAAGGCAUCGCCAUGGAGAUCAGCAACGUGUCUGCGGUGUUCAGAGGGACUAUCCAGUAUGGAUACGGCAGCUGGCUUGUCAACUUUGGACACUCAAUUGACUUUGAAAUCGAGUCUCAGAUUGAUCUAGGAAUCAACCCAAAACUUUACUGUGGUGGUGGGAAAGUGGCCGCAGACACAUCAGACUGUUAUCUGAACUUCCACAAACUGCAUCUACUCCUGCAGGGAGACAGAGAACCAAACUGGCUCAAGAAACUCUUCACUAACUUCAUCACCUUCACCGUCAAACUGGCCAUAAAGGGACAGAUUUGUAAGGAGAUCAACAAGGUGGCAAACAUCCUGGCUGACUUCAUCCAAGAAAGAGCAGAGCAUUUCCUUGCUGAUGGAGACAUCAGUGUGGAUAUCGGUAUAACUGCUCCUCCUGUCAUCACCGCCAACUACAUCGAGUCAUAUCACAAGGGGUUGACCAACUACAAGAACACCACUGCUGUGAUUACUGAGUCUGUUUUCCAGCCUCAGCAGUUGACUGAACACAAAAUGCUUUACUUUUGGGUAUCAGAUGAGAUGUUUAAUCCGAUAGUUACCGCUGCCCACCAAGAUGGACGUUUCAAACUCAACAUCUCUGGGACAGAGCUCACUGAACUCUUCAAGACAAAUUUCUCCAAUACCAUCCCUGAGUUUUUUCAAAAGUGUCUGUUGGAUUCAGGUUCUACAGAGCUGAGAGUGUGGAGUUCAUCUACCCCCUCCCUGAACACCUCCAGCCUGGGUACGACUGUACGGGCACAGGCCUCUGGGCAUCUCCACUGUGGGAGUUCGCAAACACCAACACUCUACUUCCAAAUGGACAUCGCCACAGCAGUUACAGCCUCCUAUGCACAUAAGAAAGUCAUGCUGCACAGUAAAGCAACAGAGAUAUUUGCAGUUAUUACAGGAGGUGAAGCACUACAACAAUAUGAACCGCUUUCCCCAGAACAUGGUGCAGUAGUGGCGUUUAUUACAGAAGCUGUGGAGAGGAUAGGCAUUCCCAAGGUCCUAUCAGUUCUUGCGAAUGAAGUAACCAGGUUGUUGGACAACCAGGGAACAUACCUGUUUGACAUCUACAACCCAGAGGUGCUUCCUCAAGAUGGUUAUGUGGUGAUUCAGAUGGACUUUGGUUUUCCACAUCAUCUCCUGGUUGAGUUCCUCCAGAGGACUCUGCAGUAGCUGAGAAACACUGGAGUAUCUUGGGACUGAAUUAUUGUUGUGACUUGUCUGAUUUCAUGCAUUACUUUUAUAGAAAACUCCACAGUGAGUGUUAUCAUAAAUAGAGUAUACCAGUGGUUUCCAACCUUUUUUGGCUCGUGACCCCAUUUUAACAUCAA